AUCCGAGUCUCUAGUCAACAAAACGCUGUAACUUGUACGCUCUAACUCAACAAGAGUUUCUAGGACUGCUUUCGCCUCUGCCAUAUUAUAUCAUUUCGACUAAUUCUAGAACAUAACCAAAAUGCCUCAUAAGCAUAAGCGAAAGAGAGGUGAUGAGGACAGCAGCUUUGACCUGCCUCCUACCCAAAAAGCCUUGCCACUACCAGUUACAAUGGAUUCGAAAGCUUCAAAAGCUUCAAGAAGCUCAAAGUUUAAGAAGGGAAAGGCACCGCCACCCACGAGCAACAAGCGUCACCAUGCCACGAUGAAGGACGACACACCAAGGGCAUUCAAGAGAUUAAUGCAAGUUGCGAAAGGAGGACGGAUUAGAUCGGGAUUGGAUGAUGGGCUAAGUAAUGCAGCACAACCGACAAACAAGCCCACCACCGAAACACCACAAAUUCGACCAGGUGAAGAUCUACGAACGUUUGCUUCACGUGUUGAUGCUUCUCUCCCCAUAUCAGGCUUGACCAAUAAAGCGGUAGUCAAGGACGGAAAAGACGUAAUAGGACUUAAGGUUCGCCAAACUAGGCGCGAGAAGAAAAUGCAUAAAUUAUACGAUCAGUGGCGAGCUGAAGAAGCUAAGAUCCAAGACCAUCGAGAAGAGGAAGCAGACUUACGAGCGGAGAAGGAGUUGGAUGACGAGGUCGCUGGUGUCUCAUGGAAUAGUGUUAUGGGACAAGAUGGCGCUAGCCGAAGAUCGGGGAAGAAGAAGAACAAGUCCCGUCGCGAUUCUCAGGAUGAGGAUCCUUGGCAACAAUUGAAAAAGAAGCGAGGUCAAGUUAGUACUGGUCUACAUGACGUUGCUCAAGCGCCACCAGAGCUACACAAGAAACAAACACGUCUUCUAAGCGUGCGAAAUGCAACUGUCGAUGUUGGAAGUGCGCCAAAGUCUGCAGGAAGUUUGCGCCAGCGAGAAGAGGUCGAAAAGACUCGAAAGCAGAUUGUCGACGCAUAUCGACAGAUCCGUGAACACGAACAGCGCAAACUGGCAGCGAAACAAAGCGAAUGAAUUUAUUCAGGGCAUAUUUUACAUAGCAAGGUACAUACUUUUAAUGAAACUUUUAUGCAGCUGUUUACUGAAACCCGUUUGGUGCCACCGC